AGACAGACGCUGCUCAGCUUCUUCCAGGACAUGCACAUCCGCGUGUCCAUUUUCCUGAAGGACAAAGUGCAGAGCUCUAACGGGCGAUUCGUCCUGCCAACCUCGGGCCCAGUCCCUCUCGGAACGGAGAACCCUGGGACCAUCAGGUUGUUUGCCCCCAGCGGUGAGGUGCUGCGCUGCGUUGGCUUCCCGGCGGGUGGCGCCUACUCGCCCGCGCUGCGCGACGGCUCGUGCGAGAUCUACGGAGAACGCGUCAUCACGCUGGGCACCAACAUGUACAGCACAACGCGGAGUGUGGACACAGAUCUGUCAGGAGCCACCAAGGCAUGCUCCCCACACGCCCAGGAGAGUUCCCUGCCAAACCUGUUGGCUAAGGAGGAGCUGAAUCUUCUGGCUCAUCUCAUGGGCGGGAGCCUUGGGGUGCAGGCCUCCGGGAGUGAAUUUAAACUGAUGCUCUUCAACAGCGAGCGAGAGGAAGAAGAGGCGCUGACCCUCCGAUCGGGCGACUCCCAUCACCGCGUCAUCAACAUCGACGCCGCCAAGUCGCAUCCCAAUCAAGAGCUGCAGAGGAUCAUGGGAAGCUUCUCCGACGAGGGGCACCUGGGGGAGGCCACGGGGGAGGAGGGCGCCAAGGAGGAUGGCAGCCGAGAGCCCAGCAGCAAAGGCGAGGAGCUGCUGGCCAUGAUGGAUGCGUUGUGAUCGCGUGUGCGCGUGCUGUGUGCGCGUGCUGUGUGCGUGCUGUGUGUGUGGAGAGAGGUCUUGGUGGCGGUUGGCACGCUGUUCUACGAACCCGGCGACCCGAGUUCGAUUUGCGCUCACGGACAACACCGCUGACGGGUAUCUGCACCGGUCCUGGGCCUCCUCCGCUAGGUCGGCUCGACCUCAAAUGAGUAGCUGGUGCGGUGUGUAAACAUCGCCACUGGGGAGACAAAGGCCGUCGGGUGUGGUUCUGGCCACCCACCCCCUCGUGUGCUGUUCCGGCCUUCAUAGACGCUCGCUAACAGCACUUGUCCCAACGGCCUGUUCAGGCUAUACGGGAGAGGUCGCAACCGGGUACCCGAUAUCCGUACCCUACCCGAUACCCGGCUACCCGUACCCGGCCGGGUACGGGUACAGGUACCCGUUUGCGACCCUGGUGCGGCCGGGUACGGGUAGGCCGUGAGUCACUGGUGAGUAACCGUUUGUCACUCAUUUCCCAACGUCUUGUCUCUUCUCACAAUUCAAGUUCCUAGAAUCAACCCACCCGCGCCUGCAACAUGGCUUCAUCCCAGAGGUUGCAAUCAGGUACCCGAUACCCGUACCCUACCCGUACCCAGCCGGGUACGGGUAGGGUACGGGUACUGCCAGGUACGGGUACGGGUACCCGUUUGCGACCCUGGUGCGGCCGGGUACGGGUACGGAUAAGGAAUCAAAACCCGUUUGCGACCUCUGCUAUACAGGGGAUCCAUAAUAGAGGUUAUUUUUUGGGGUUAAACCUCGUAAAUAUAAAUGCGUCGUUAAACCCACCACGACCCGACGCAUCCAAUUAGUAAGCGUUUGUCACGUAAACGAAACGUGCCAAUUCGUUACUCGCACAGCACUAACAUCUGUGUUGCAGAUUAAAGCCACUACAACAUUUACCAUUCAAGUAACCAGCAUCAUCAGGCGACAGACAGAGUUGUGGAGAAAUCCACCUCCUGUUUCGGGUGCACCUCUAACGGGGAAUAUCCGUCUCAUCUUUGUGUGCCGGGAGCGGUGGCGUAGUGGCGAUCGCGCGACGAUACGCGAUGAUCUGAACCGGUCCUGGAAGCCUCCCCGCUAGGUCGACUCAGCCUCAAAUGAGUACCUGGUGCGGUGUGUAAAAACAUCAGCACUGGGGAGACUCAGGCCGGGCGUAGUGCUGGCCACCCACCCCUUCGUGUGCCGUGCCGGCCUAAAUAGGUACUCGCUAACAGCACUUGCCCCUACAGUCUGUUUGAGGCCCAAUCCAGAACUGUCGAUGGUCAUGGCGGGCUCGUUGAUGUUAAAGGCUACACGAGGGGUUCUAGAUUUGAAGCUUUCGUGACUGCAAGGAUUCAUACUCUUGGGUUUUUUCGGUAAAGUCACGUAGGUAAAAAAUAAAUAAUAAAAAUUAAAUAAUAUAAAUAAAAUUAUAAAUCACGACGUUUCGUCAUCAGGUGGGACCGUCACAGCUAGAUUUACUGUAUCAAGUGAAUUUCGAUUUAAAGCUUCUUUCGUGACUGCAGGGAUUCAUCUUCUUGGUUCUUUCGGUAAAGUCGCGUAGAAGGGAAAUAAUAAAAUAAUAAAAAUAAAACUAAAACAUAAGAAGAAACAAAGCGUCCUUAGGACGCUGUCUUUCCGACAGACCUGUUUCUUCACCUGAGGACGGCUGCUUGCGUUGUAGCCGAAACGUGAGAAUUGUAUUUGAUUAUGUUUUAUUUUUAUUAUUUUAUUAUUUCCCUUCUACGUGACUUUACCGAAAGAACCAAGAAGAUGAAUCCCUGCAGUCACGAAAGCUUUAAAUCUAAAAGUACCUGUCAAAUAAGAUGGUCCAAAUAUGUGUAGUUAAAUCUUUUUUGCACGGUUAAUAACAUCUAUCCAAUGAGUACUCAGUUUGUACCCAUCAUCAUCACGGUUGAAGUGAUGUCUGUGUUUGUAUAUCUGGAUGGCUUCGUGUACAAACCUUUGAUGGUAGCCACAAGGUGUUGCCUCCGAAACGUCAUGAUUUAUCAUUUUAUUUCUAUUAUGAUUUCUAUUAUUUUAUUAUUUAUUUUUACCUACGUGACUUUACCGAAGAAACCUAAGAGUACACAAGGGGUCGUUGUCUUUGUGUUCGCGCCGUAAUUAUUUCUGGGUCGCAAAAUCGAUUCGUGAAUCCAAUUGCUCUAAGGUCGUGGCGAAUGUUGUAGCAUUGCCUAGAGGCUGUAGGCGUCCUGUGUAUGUUGAACUUUUUUCGCACCGUACGUAACCAACCGUGGUAAAUCAGAUGCGUUGGUCAUGUGAACCGGGCACCGUGGUGGCUCGGAGAUGGAAAGUAACCUGCCUGGUAUACAGGUCGUGGGUUUGAUCCGGAACCUUAUGCCUGUUGUGUGUUUGGAGUUUCUGCGUGUAUCUAUCUAUCUCUCUCUGCCCGUGAUCGCGUGGAUUUUUCGGUUAUUCCUUUCACCUUAAGAAUCGACGGUGCGUGUCGGGUAUUUGGCCGCAAUAAAGCUGCACAUGAUGAUAAGCCGGUUCGUUGAGCGAUCUUUUGUGGUGGCCAGGCCGCUCGUGAAA